GGUUCAAACAACGUCAUUACGGCGUGUACGCCCCGGCGACCUCUUCUUAUCCUUUUUCGCGGCGGUUUGUUGGAAAAUUAGACCUACCUGCCUCUCUUUCUUCUCACCGGAAUUAUCAUUCGAUCGAUCCACCGGCAGCAGAACAGCAGCGAUGGCGAAGCAGGCCCUUUUCGAUCUCGAGCGCCAGUUCGCCUUCUACGGCGCCUACCACAGCGACCCCAUCAACGUUCUCAUCCACACGCUCUUCGUCUGGCCACUCUUAUUCACAUCGCUCCUCCUCUUCCAAUUCACCCCUCCCUUCUUCCACCUCCCCUUCCAUCUCGCCGAUUCCGGCACCCUGCCCCUUAACUUCGCCUUCGUCUUCGCCCUUGUCUACGCCCUCUUCUACGUCCUCAUGGACAGGAAGGCUGGAUCCCUCGCCGCCCUCCUCUGCUUCCUCUGUUGGAUCGGCAGCCGUGCCCUCGCCCUUCGCCUCGGAUUCCCCCUCGCCUGGAAGGUUGUUUUGGCAGCUCAGUUAUUUUGCUGGACCUUCCAAUUUAUAGGCCAUGGAGUAUUUGAGAAACGAGCACCCGCUCUUCUUGAUAACCUUUUUCAAGCCUUCUUGAUGGCUCCAUUCUUCGUUCUGCUUGAGGCACUUAAUUUUAUCGGGUAUGAGCCGUAUCCUGGUUUCCACGCCAACGUCCACGCAAAGAUUGAAGCGGACCGCAAAGAAUGGCAGGCGAGCAAACAAAAGAAGUCUUUGUGAAUGGUAGCAACUCAAACACUUGUCUGUGUGAAUGUUCAAGUCCUACAUUGUACAUCUUAAAAAUUAACACAGUCGAUUUUACAAGAACAGAACCACGUUUGCCCUGAUACAUUUCCUGAAUCAUAUGUGAAAUAUAUGCAUGUGCAGUCAUACUUGUAAAUUUUUUUUUUUUUUUACCCUAUUGAAUUGGAGUUUAAACAUCAUUGGUGUGCAACUCCUUUCUAGACUUGACACUCGAAGAGUGUCCAAAGCUUUCUUUGUAAUUCUCCAACUUGUUCGGUGUUCCGUUUCUGUUGAAUAUUUGAGAAUGUGCAGUGCCUUUCACCCUUUA